GAUGACAGUGUGAAGCUGGUACGGAGGUCGUCAUAUUUGAUGGCGACAGGAAGAGACCAGGGUGCUCAGCCAGUCAACGCUAAUGAUGACCUAGAGACAGACAGCUCACAGACUCCACCCCAGAAAACCCACAUCAAGAAGCUGAAGGCAUUCUUUGGGGAGCGCACCCCUAAGAUCAUGGAGGCCACAGAGAAGAAGGGGGACCUGCCUAGCCCGCUCCACGAGGUGGUCAGAGAGGGCAUACUACAGGUCAAGACAGCCGUCACUGAUGGCAAGAAGUCCAGUGAUCGCUCCUGGAAGCCAAUGUGGGCUCAGCUCAGAGGACACGCCCUCUAUCUGCAGAAGGACAGGAAGGAGAAUGCUAGUCCCCUGGGUCUUGAGGAGCAGCCUAUCUCCAUUAAGUCCAGCCUGGUGGACAUAGCCUACGACUACACCAAGAAGAAGCAUGUGUUCCGGCUGACCACGUACAAUGGUUCAGAGUACCUGUUUCAGGUGGAAGACCACGAUACUAUGAUGGACUGGAUACAGAAAAUACAGGAACAUAACGACCCUGAUAAUGACCAGGGUGCUGGCAAUACUGAUCUAAUACUGCGGAAAUCUUCACAGAUUGAACAGCAGGCCGCCACCGUCAAGAGCUCACCACAGGUGGCGCCCAAGUCAGCCGGGAAGAAGUUAACGGUGAAGACAUCCAAGGCUCCACACUCCCCCAGUAUGAAACACAGGCGAGCAGAGGACUCUCCAAAGAACAAGGAGAACAAGAGCUGGCGCGGCAGGAUGGCCAAGGGACUGAAGAGAUUUGGCUCUGGCACCUCCACCAAUGUAGAGGCAGAGGCGGAGGAGGCCGUGGGAACGUUUGGAGUCCCGCUGGAGCUGUGUCCUGCAUCUUCUAAUAAUGAGUACCUGCCUAUGGUGAUAGAGAUCUGUACCAGUAUAGUAGAGGCCAGGGGCCUGGAGUUUGUAGGCAUUUACAGGGUGCCUGGCAACACUGCUGCCGUGGCAACACUACAAGAGGAGCUCAACAAGGGAUCACCUAACCCAGAUAAUGAGAAAUGGCUGGAUGUCAAUGUAGUGGGCAGUCUUCUGAAGUCCUUCUUCCGAAAACUUCCAGAAUCCUUAGUAACGGAUGAGCUAUACCAAGCCUUCAUAGAUGCCAACCGUCUUGAGAACCCAGAGAAGAGAAUGUUGAUCUUGAAGAAACUGCUGCAUGAUCUCCCUGAGCACCACUUUGAGACUUUCAACUACCUGGCUCAGCACCUGAAGAAAGUGGCAUCUUAUGGACAUGUUAAUAAGAUGGAUGCCAGGAAUCUAGCCAUAGUGUUUGGUCCAACUUUAGUGAGGACGACAGACGAGAGCAUGUACAGUCUGGUGACUGAUAUGUCUGACCAGUGUCGUAUUGUGGAAACUAUCAUACAACAUAACCAGUGGAUGUUUAGUGACUGGGAAGAGGACACGCACGUCCCGCUAGACGAGGAGCCAGUGGACGCCAACCCUGUGACCAGUAUGAACACGCUGCUGACCAAGAUAGCCAGGUCUGAGGAGACAGUUCUUCCACAGCCGGAGAGCAAACCUCCGUCGCGCCACCUUCCAUCCUUCAAUCUCCGACUACUAGAUGGACGUGAGAUCAGCGCCAAGGAUCUGGUGUCUAACAUCAUCCAAGCAGCCAAUAAACGGGUGAAAAGAAAGGACAAGAAAUCCAGCAGUGACAGCUCAGACAUCGGCAGUGAAUGUGGCUUCAAUGAAAGAAACAUUGAUGAAGCAGUUGUUGCCAGGCAACUGAAAAUGCAGGGGCAGCCCACAGAGAGGGUAGAGUCAGGAGGUCAGAAAGACAGUGUGUUCUCAACAAAAACGGAUUAUGUGGAUUCUAGGAGUAAGUCUGAGGAUCGAGGACUGGACCAGAAAACGUCUGAGGUGAACUUGCUGGGCAGGUGCUCUACAGAGGUCAGUCUGUCCUCAGUGGGCAGCAGGGGUCAGUCCUCUCUGGACAGCCACCAGCCCCCGCCCACUACUACCACUACUGUGACCAGUGUCUCCUCACAGGAACAACAGAGAAUAGACUCUGGCUCCACACGACAGGCGCAAAAAAUAGCUCCUGUGUCAUCGUACUCUGAUGACCUUGACCUACAAAGACAGCAAGUGACGGAGAAACAGGCAUUCCAGAGAACUUUUAACACCAUUUAUACUCACAAUAGACCCUCCAUCACGCGGCCUCGGUCUGAGGAGUCGCUAUUAGACUCCCGCCUGGAUCACGACGAGGUCGAGAUAACUCACGGGUAUAAGAAGCCCAGCGUUAGCCACGAGGAGAGAAAACGGCGGCUGGAGUUUGAGGCGAGAGCCAUGAGACAGAAAGAGGAGGAGAGACAGAGAGAGAAGGAAAAACGGGAGCUGGAGAGACAGCGGAUAGAGGUGGAGUUACAGAAGACACAGCGAGAGUUGGACGAGGAGAGCAAGGACAGUAGUUUGGAGGACUUGCUGAAACACGCUCAGCCGGGAGAUAUCACUAACAAGAUCUCAGACUACAGCAAUAAACUGGCAGAUCUCAGCAAUAAGGCGGACACCACCUCUAUCACGUCAGAUUAUUCUACAACAUCAUCUGCUACGUAUACAGCCUUUGAAAAUCAGCGCGCCCCGCCUCCACACCAAACAUCCGACUACUCUAGUAACACCUCGCCGACAAGUUUACACGCUGACGCCAAAUUAAGUCUUGUAGAUCCAGAGCAUUCCAGACCUUUACGAUCUAACAUGCCAACUGUCCAGUCUGACGGUCGUCCUGCCUUUGGAGGUUCGAAAGUGUACGCCGUGACAGUGAGCCGUUCUGCCCACCCGGGACACUUACGGCGCUCUCAUACCACCGACCUGGGCUCCGGCAUCGCGCGUAUCCAUCUGUCUCAGCACCCGGCUCAGCCACAGCACGCGUCCUCACGCACAAUAACAUUACGUCGAGCGUCGGUGGAGAAUGAACCUCGGCACAAACCGCCGCCUCACGACGGGUACACUCGGAAAAGGAGGAGUCGGGAACUGGAACCGUACCCUCACGAUCUGAACACAGUGGACCACUCAAGAGCCCAGCACAGACGUGGCUCUUUAGACUCCUUACGGGACUACUACGACCGCCAUGAUGUCAGGCAUUCUGUCUCCAGCGCGUCAGAGGACGGAAAUAGCUCGGCCCCCCUUGAAGACAGACUGAAGGCUCUCUUGGUGCCUGGGAGCAGUGACUAUACCAGGUUUCCAUCCAGUAUACACGAUAGUAAUAGAAUUAACGUGCAAGACAAUAUAAGAGACAAAAGUUCUGGUAGAUUAGAUAAUAAAAGACCAGAAAAGACUGAAACUAAAAUAGGCAUAGCGUCGCGUUUUGAGAGAAAUCCACCGCCUACAAGUGACAGGACAGAGAACACUGCAGUUAGUUCUGGAGGCGCGCCUGAGGGUAACAACACUCAAACAAUACCGCCCAGUCACCAGGUGAUGCCAAUGACAAAGUUUGAGAAGACGGGGUCCAAUCUCAGCCAACAGGCGGCCCAGGGUGGCCGCGACACUGUCCAGGGCAGGCUGCGCAAGGCGGGCUCUCUGGAUCACCUGGAGAUAGACGCUCACUCCGCGGAAAAGGUGAGCUCGCCGGAGAGGACGGAACAGUCGCCAAAAAGCGAGGUCUCGGAGGAAGGCCCGAAAGUGAAACGGCGGACAGGUGUGGAUAAAAAGUUACGUCGGCGGCACACAGUGGGAGGAGUCAAGGAUGUCGAUCACUUCAGGGCCAUUGUGACGUCACUGGGCCAAUCAGAACCCUCGAAACAGUCAGCAUGGGAACGUCUCCAACCACGUGACCGAGACACGGGCGAAGAGGACGACAGGAAUUUACAGACAUGGCUGGCACGUGAGCGACUUCGCACUAGUGCUACUGACUUGACUGCUGGGCUAGCCAAGGCGCUUGUUGAUAUCAACCUUAGUACGGGGGAGAGGGGAGGGGAACGACCUCUUCAAACGGACAUCGCUAGACGAGAACAAAAACGCUACAGACAGCAUCAUAAUACAGUGGCCACAGCGCCCGUGGAGUCUAAGAUAUAACAUGUUUUUAAAUGAAAAUACAGUGUAAGUUUUAAUACAAAUGUGCAUAAUGAACUUGAUAUGUAUAUGUAGUGCGUAGAUGUAGAAUUAGCAGGCUCAAUGGACGCGGUAGUGAACAGUGCAUUUAUUACAGUUUUGUAUAAUUUAAUAGAAAGUGAAAGACUCCCAGCAAACACAUUCUAUGAACUCGGCCAACUGUCGGUACAUUUGUUGGGAUGUCAACACAGCCAAAUUAUACCCAGCGCAAUCACACCUAACACAACCAGAUACAACCACACCUUACAGUAGGCCUACCGUGAUACAGUGAAUUUGUGUACAAAGUCAGUUGCUCUAGUAUGCCUUGCAAUAGCAGGAUGACAGUGGUCAUUUUAUAUUGAAGUUUUUCAUUUAUUUAUAUGUAGUCAGUUUACAGCUCUUCUUGCCAAAGCAGUUGAUUUCAUAUUUUUAAAAUACUAAUCUAGAUAUUUAUACGAGUCAAUGCCAGGAGUAGACCAGGCUGGCUGUUAUUGUGAAGAAAAUGAAUUAAUAUUGUUUUAGCAAUUCUAGUCCUAGCACAGUUUUAAUUUACAAUUAGUUAAUUCAAAGCAACUUGCCAAGUAGCUGUUCUGUUAAAGAAUAUCAGGACAAGGAAGGCUAUUAGGUUUGAUGAUGUUAUUUAAUGAAACAUAUUUUGUGAUGUAAAGUUUGUAAAGUAGCAAACGAUCAAGAAUUUGAUUUGAGGCAUCAAGUCGGCACUGUAGAAUUCUAUGGCCGGUAGUGGAUAAAAUGUCUUGAUAAUUUUGUUCCGUGUUCAACAGUGGUUUUUGAGCUGUGAUUCAUUACUUUUGUAAACUUAGUUUUAGAUUUGCAUAGAUAUUUUAUCGCCAUCCCGCCUUUACACAGACAUGUCGUCUGCCGCAGUGACGUCACAGCGGGGCAUAUCACGUGACGAUAAGAUGAACAUAGAACUCUUAAGUAUAGAAUAGAAAAUCUAGUCUGUGAAUACCAGUAGCAAUACCGCCACAAGUAAAUACUCUUGUACAGUUUUGUUUUUCAUAUAAAUCGUGUAAAAUAUUGAUAUGAUUUACAAUUGUAAUUUGAGCCUUUUUCAGUAUUUAUAAAAUUGAUACCAUCUCUAACGUGUAAUCGGUGGAAUAUGAAUAAUGUUGUACGCUGACAGGAAUGAAGAUAUUCCAUUAAACAGUAUAAUUCUA